AUGACAAUAGUGGAUCUGUCCAAAACCCUGAUAUCAUUGAUGUUAGAGGCUCAGCAGAGAGUGGAAAGAUAUGGCACUAGUGAUGUUAUCACAGUGGAGACAAUCAAUGGAUGGGCGGAACUGUACCAGGAGCUGGUAAACUGCUGCGACAAGGUGGCUGUGUGCUUUGGAUAUCAGACGCGGGAAUAUGAAAGCACUUUCAAACUCUUGUUGUUGAUAAUUGGUUAUAUGAUUGUGGUGAUACUGCCCGUAGUAGCAACCCAAAUGGCCAGUGACCAGUGGGCGAAGUGCCAGAGGGUGAUGGCUCGACUGCACAACACUAUGAUUGAUGCAGUAUCCAAUCUUCUGUGGAGGUCUACGGUAGUGCUUGAACAUUUUAUGCUGUUCUUUGUCGUUAUGACAAUAGUGGAUCUUUCCAAAACCCUGACAUCAUUGAUGUUAGAGGCUCAGCAGAGAGUGGAAAGAUAUGGCACAAGUGAUGUUAUCACAGUGGAGACAAUCAAUGGAUGGGCGGAACUGUACCAGGAGCUGGUAAACUGCUGUGACAAGGUGGCUGUGUGCUUUGGAUAUCAGACGCGGGAAUAUCAAAGUAUUAUCAAACUUUUGUUGUCGAUAAUUGGGUAUAUGAUUGUGGUGAUACUGCCCGUAGUAGCAACCCAAAUGGCAAGUGACCAGUGGGCGAAGUGCCAGAGGGUGAUGGCUCGACUGCACAACACUAUGAUUGAUGGUAAUACCAUGGCUGAUGAUGGCAUUUCAUUGUCUACGGUAGUGCUUGAACAUUUUAUGCUGUUCUUUGUCGUUAUGACAAUAGUGGAUCUGUCCAAGACCCUGAUAUCAUUGAUGUUAGAGGCUCAGCAGAAAGUCGGCAGAUAUGGCACUAGUGAUGUUAUCACAGUGGAGACAAUCAACGGAUGGGCGGAACUGUACCAGGAGCUGGUAAACUGCUGUGACAAGGUGGCUGUGUGCUUUGGAUAUCAGUACACGUUUGCGCUUUCUUGUUCCACUGUACAUUAUAUUAUCCUGGUGUAUUAUGUAAUUUACUACAACGUGUAUACGACGCGGGAAUAUGAAAGCACUUUCAAACUCUUGUUAUUGAUAAUUGGUUAUAUGAUUGUGGUGAUACUGCCCGUAGUAGCAACCCAAAUGGCAAGUGACCAGUGGGCGAAGUGUCAGAGGGUGAUGGCUCGACUGCACAACACUAUGAUUGAUGGUAAUACCAUGGCUGAUGAUGGCAUUUCAUUGUAA